ACGAGCAAACGAUUGAGUCUCUUGACACCAACAGAAAAAAAAAAAAUUUAGACGAUAGACGAUGGCGAUGGGCGACCCGCGGGUUUCGUCUGCUAAGGCAAUGAUGAAGGCGGUGCAGAGUGUUGGGCAGGUGGCGAGGUCGUUCCUUGGUUCUAUUCCAGAUCGUCUGUACCAGGUCCAAUCUUUGAUCCAGCAGGUUCAAGAAGUCGGAUCUGUUGUGGAAGCGACGGCGAAAUUACGGCAGUCUCUGCCUGACAGCCUGCAUUUUAUUUAUCAUCAUGAUAGCAAGACGGGGGUGCAGAGAUUUGAACUGUCUGUAGGUUCCUUCCGCGGCGGCGACGGCGAGGCGCCGCCGCUGAAGCCGCCGAUGAUGUUAUCAUCCGGCGGAGCCUGGUGGAGCCAGUCGGGAUAUGCGCAAGGGGGGGAGGAAUCUGGUGUGCGUGACACGUGGCAGCGUCAGUUCCUUGCCUCUCGAUUUGGCUUGCCAAUCGUUGUAAGUAUAUUCAUCGUAAUGAUGAUGACAGCGCUCUACUGGGUCCUCGUAUCAACAAGAAGAAGGCGUUCUGAUCUCCUCCUCCGUGUACUGAAAGCCACCACCAUCUCCUUCUCCUCUUUCUCCAUCAGAUGGAUUAGCCAUCGUCUGCUUCACCUGUGUCCUUCCUUUAUUCGUCCUCGUGCUCUUGAUCCCGAUCCCGACCUUUGUGCCACACUUCGUGAUCCCCUGGUCGCCAGUAACAAUAACGAUCCCGACAGACGUCAUUCUGCCUCUGGUAGCGAUCACCAGCAAAGCGAUGGGUACUUGAGACGAGGAGGAGGAGGAGGAGGAGGAGAGAAAGAUGAGGAUGACUGCGGCUCUUCGAGAAGAGGAGGGAGAGGUGGUUGCCGCGGGAACGGUUUCGGGAAAAUGUCGAGAUUGCUCGCCAGCCCGAGAGAGAGGGACGCCCCCGAGAAAGAUGAUACGCUGUCGCCGCCGCCGCCGCCGCCGCCGCCAACGCGGCGAGAAUCGUCGUCAUCGCCUUUGUCGUCGUCGAAGGCCACGUGGCGCUCGUCCAAACGUCUUUUCUUCAGACCAAUCAGCUACCGAGCGGCAGCGUCGCAUGGCAGUCGAAGUAAGACGGACAAAUCUGUUGUUGUCAUCGGCAAUUGUGCCGGCGUCGAUUGGCGGGAAGCGUACGUGUCCCCUUCCGCUCCCAUGCAGGGGGAGGAGGGGGAGGAGAAAACCUCGGUCUUGGAGAGAGGUGGGUGCGAGAGGAAUAGCCACGUGGCGUUCGUUGGAGGGGAGGAAGGAGGAGGGGGGGGGAUGGAAAGGGGGGAGGAGGGUGCGGAGAAGCCGGCGGAAGAUCGCGGAAGAAGAAGCAAGGAAAAGGAGGUGUCUGUGAAUCUUCCCGCCGAGCCGGCGACACGUGGCAGCACCAGCAGCUCGACGUGGCUGGCGGGAAAAAUUUACAACUGGUCGACGUGGAAGACGUCGGAUGUGCACGCCGAUGUGAAUUCUCUUGGCUCAUGUACGGAUCCAUCGUCGUCGUUUUGUCCCGAGCGGCAGGGGGAGGUGAUUCCCUCGCUGGAGGGCAAUCUCCCGCCAAACAGGAUAGCGAUUGGAGUGCCUGUUGUUGGUGCUCCCGCUGGUCUCCCCGCUUGUCUUCCGCCGCCUUCUGCGCACGGCGUGGCGGCAGAGAUGUCCUGGACAGGAGGCUGGUGGGGGCAGCGCGCCACGGCUGCGCCGCUGGCAUUCGCGUCUUCCACCGCGCCGUCAGCGCCGCCAGCCCCGCCGCCGCCGAUACCGCAGCUGCCGCCGGCGGCUGUGAAAGAGGGGCGGGAAGAAGCCAUCGGCACCGUGACGGCGCGUCGUCGGCGCUUCCGCACGGGACUUGGCGGCGCAAUAAGCGGGAUUCUCCGGAGACGCGCGGCCCACAAGCGCGACAUCGUGGCGGCGGGGAACGGCCCCCCCCCCUUUCCCUCCCUGUGAUUAAUUAGUAAGCGCCACUCGUUCCGUUCCCCCUUCUGCUGCAGAUGCCCUUGCUGACAGUAUCGCUGAUUGGUCGUGGAUGGGGGUGCGCCGCCAAUGGACAGCCAUCGCUGGCUGUUUGUUAACGACGGCGGUGGCGGGAAAGGGGGUCUGAUUUCUCCUGCUGCUCCGCUCGCUGCGCGCCAAUCGAGAGCGCGGGAAAGGUCGGCAUCCUCAGGGUGCAUCCAUGUGGCCACCGCCUGACGAUCCGCUUGCUGUGCGCCAAUCGACAGCGCGGGAAAGGUCAGCAUCCUCAGGGUGCAUCCAUGUGGCCACCGCCUGACGACCGACCUCCUCCCCCUCUCCCUUCCUGUCCCUUCCUCGAUGGGCUUCUUCGCUCCACUAGGUAGUCACCAAGUGUGCGAAAUGAGAAUGAAUCUUCGGCUCGAAC